GGCGCUCCCAGGGCACGGAGCUCGGAGGGGCGGCCCCGCUCGGGCCCCGGAACGGGCGUCCGUGCCGAGCCGGGGCCUGGGGUACCUCCAGCCGCCGUGGAGGCGCCAGGCGGGUGAGCCCCCGGCCGUGUGGCAUGCUCCAGCUGUGCCACAUCCACGGGCUCCCCCCCAUGCCCGCCGGCCCCUGAUGGCUCCCCCUGAGAGGCACCUGUGUCUGACAGGUUCAGGCUUCGCUGCCUCCCGCAACGUGCCAGGAUGCUGCUGGGCCCAGGGAUGCACGACCGCCGGACGCCUGCUCCCUCAGCCAAAAAGCAGGAGUUCAGGAUGGUUCCCCCACCACCUGUCAGCAAGCCCCAUGUGUGCCUCUCCACAGUGCUCAUCAUGACCAGCCUCGUCCUCAUGGAUGCCUACCUGGUGGAGCAGAGCCAGGGCUCCAGGAAGCUGGGCAUCUGUGUCAUGGUGGCGGUGGGUGACAUAUGCUUCCUGCUGGUCCUCCGCUAUGUGGCCAUCUGGGUUGGGGCAGAGGUAAAGACAGCUAAGCGAGGAUACGCCAUGAUCCUCUGGUUCCUGUACGUCUUCGUUCUGGAGAUCAAAGUCUACUUUGUGUACCAGAAUUAUAAAGCUGACCGGAAAAGCUUGGAUCUCAUCGCCCGCAAAGCGCUGACCUUGCUGCUCUCCAUCUGCAUCCCAGCUCUCUACGUGUUGCUGGUGGCCACAGAGCACAUGGAGUAUGUCAGAACAUUCAAGAAGAAGGAAGAUCUCCGUAACCGCCUUUUCUGGGUCAUUGUGGACAUGCUGGACGUGCUGGACAUCCAGGCCAACCUGUGGGAGCCUCAGAAGAAAGGGCUGCCGCUCUGGGCUGAGGGCAUCAUGUUCUUCUACUGCUACAUCCUGCUGCUGGUGCUGCCGUGCGUGUCCCUGUGCGAGAUCAGCAUGCAGGGCAUCGGCAUCGUGCCGCACCGCAUGAUGCUGUACCCCAUGCUGAGCAUGCUCACCGUCAACAUCGCCACCAUCUUCAUCCGAGGCAGCAACAUGGUCUUCUUCAGGGAUGCCCGCGUCUCCAGCAUCUUCAUGGGCAAGAACAUGCUGGCCAUUGGCAUGAAGGUCUGCAUGUUUGUGCAGUACCAGCGGCACCAGCACCACGCCCCGCCGGGGCCGGACCCGCAGCACGGCACCCCGGCCCAGCCGCCCGCGGGGCUGCGCAAGGCCCGGGAGCAGCCUGCCUGCCCCGAGGAGCUGGCCCAGGACAACACGUGACGAGCCAGCAGGAGCUGCAGCCCGGGCAUCCCCGUGCCCGGCCGUACCUACAAACCCGGGGCAGGCUGUGGAGCUCCCUGCCUGGACAGAGGGCAACGAGCCUGCUCCCUCCUUCCCUGGGUGAAGCUGCUCAGGGCCCCGAGGGGCGCAUGGCGAGGGCCCCCACAGCAGCCUCUGUAAGGCUGCAGAGCAGUUUGGAACCUCAGCACCCCACCUGGUAAGACAGAGGAGCAGGGGACGAGGCCAGGGCCGCCUGCCGUGAGUUGUGUCUGGGUGGGCCAGGCAGCCCUACCCGGUGCAAGGCUCCCUACCAGUGCUCCCUGUGCAGCACUGCUCUCUGGCCAGCCAGGGUGACACGGGACACGGCAGGUCACACACUUUUCUGUUGUGGUUGGCCCUGGCUCCAGUGUGGUCCUUGGCAGCAGCCUGCUCCCCACUGUGUGAGCCCAGUCCCCAUGCAGGGGGAGCAAGGCCUGGGCCUCCCCCUGUUGUCACCCCUCUCAGCCAGCUGCAGGCUUGGGGGGACCCAAAAAGGGGUGACUGUCCUUUUUUUGUAUCUCCCUCUUUGCAAUAAAAGACCUGAGCCCUGCA